AUAGAAGGCCACACGAGAAUUGUAGACGGGCUUAAAUAUUAUAGGCAUCAUCGACGCUGCUCGACGAAGACGGUACCUGUAAACCUCGUAGUCAAUGCAGGUCAUACGCUCAUUCAAGGGCUCACCGGCAGUGGCUCGAACGUAAAACCGUUGUUUGUAGUCGACCCUUUGGGUUGA